AUGCAUCUUCCUAAACUUCCGCCGGGCGCCGCAUAUAUUCGUCUGUCCAACCCUGCGAAACGCAAUGCCCUGAGUCUUCCCAUUCUACGAGAUCUCAAAGCCCAACUCACCACGGCACUCACAUCCCGUACAUCAGGUCAACUUCGUCUUCUCCCGCCUUUCAAGGAGCACAUUCUUUCCGAUCUCGAAGACGCAGCCCGCAAAAAUGGCCCUGUCCCAGACGCCUGGAAUAAAUACAGCUGGCUAGUCAACGCAGCCGAGUGGAAGAAAGAACGCGAUGGCUUGCCCGAUGUUCUCGUGCUUCGCAGCGAAGGACCUGUAUUUUCAUCGGGGCAUGACUUGAAAGAACUUUCUCAACUUAAACAUGAUGAUGUGAAACUUCUGUUUCAGCUUUGCGCAGAAGUCAUGAGUAUGAUUCGGAGAAGUCCUGUACCGGUCGUUUGUCCCAUACAAGGUCUUUCUACGGCAGCGGGAUUUCAACUCGCCAUGACAACGGAUUUUCCCAUCGCGUUGCCUGACACACAGUUUUCUCUGCCCGGAGCCAAGAUUGGAUUACCAUGCACGAGUCCUUCGACUGCUGUUUCGCGACGUUUACCACCUGGUGCGACGUACAGGUUACUUGUUACUGCUGAACCUAUUACGGCUUCAGAGUAUCCUGGUGCUGUUGACGUGGUUAAGGUGUCACAAGAGACGAAGCCAGAAGAUGCUUUUGAAAAUCGUGUAGCGGCUGUGAUUGAACAAUUGGUAGCGAAAUCACCUCAGCAGCAGGCUGUGGGUAAAUGGGCUUAUUGGACGCAACUUGGUAUUGGAUCGGAUAGUGAGGAUGGUGGUGAUGGGUAUGAAAGUGCGGCGCGAUGGGCGGGGAGAGUCAUGGCUUUGCAUGCAAAGAGUGAGGAUGCGAAGGAGGGAAUUGAAGCAUUUUUGAGUAAAAGGAAACCUGAAUGGAAGAGUAGACUAUGA